GAUCUCCCUUUAACAACAUGUGAUGGAUCAAGAGGAAUCAGCCAGUUCUGAACAUGGCUUGCUCUAGGCACAAGCAACCAAACCCUGAAUAUAACUUGCACUUCGAUGUAAGAGUACGCAGCUUAAAAUUCUCGGCCUUCAAGCCCGCAGCUAUAAGUAUUGUAGACCAUCACGUUAACGCAGAAAGCAGCCGCUGUUAUUACCAACCUCGGAACCCAAGAGCUCGAGGUCUCGUUUCCCGGCCGGUAGCUGUUUCCGUUGCUCCCCGGCAUCACAAGUUGGUUGCUAUGGCGCAGUCGCGGUGAUCGCUGGCGCGUGAAACGGGGCACGCGAUGGAGGAGGAGGACGCGAGAGACUACAAUGAACCUUGUGGAUAUUGUUCUGCUAUCAGCUGGAGCAUUACAGAAGAAGGCAGAUUUUACUGCACAUCUUGUCACACUGUUAUAGAAAAGACUAGAGAAGUUCUAACUGGUGAUGUUACCACUAAUGCAAGGGCACAGUCUAUCUCUAGAGGAUUAAGAAAAAGAAAGAAUAAAUUUGAUAAAGGAUGGGAAUGGUUCAUAUGUGAAGGCUUUCAAUAUAUUCUUCGGAAGCAAGCUGAAGCUCUGCAGUCUUUAGGAGUGUCUUCUCAGAUGAAGGAUGAAGUUCUGUAUAAUUUUUGGAGAAGAUAUCUUCAGAAGAGCAAACAGGCUUACAGCGACAAGCCUCUCAAUGAUGUUACUCAAGAUAUUUUAUCACAGCACACAGACACUGAAACAGAAGUUGAAACGACUAGUCUGAUUAAUCUGGCUAGUUCAGCAAGUGAUACAGAUGUGAUAUCAGAAUUUAGCAUUGGAGCCGCUUCUUCUAUUAGCAAAGCAUCAGGAAGGUCUGCUUGGUCUGGAUCAGUGGAUGGCAGUUCAUAUUUACAGAAAAGAAAGAAAGGGGAUCUGAGCUUGUCCAUGCCAAUGACCCUGGCUUUCUGCUAUCUGGCAUUAUUAUGGCUGAGAGAAUCAAUCACAUUAUCAGAUCUUUUAAGGUAAUA